AGUGCUUUAACCUAGUCAUGAAAAGAUACCAUUUAAAAAAGUAUUUAUGUACAAUUAAGGUAAUAAUUAAAAAUCGGUCCUCUCUCUAUUAAAUGUAGUCACAAAUGCUUUUGCAACACUUUCCUUUGGCCAGUAUGUAUUGCUUGCAUGAGCCUUAAAUUUUUUAAAAAUUUCUUUCUAGGCAAAAAUCAAUUGUAAUUUACAAAUUGAUUUACAAUCUAAUAGAAGAACUAUAAAUUCUUUCAGUAUAAAAUGAUAAAUCUCAGGCAUUUAACUAUUUGUAUCAAAUUUUGUGUUUUAGACAAAAGCACUAGCCACAAUAAACAACUUUUUGCUUUUAUUUCGACUGGGCAAUCGUGAUUAGAAAAGGUGAGAUGGCAUCUAUACUUUCCCUUUCCAUCUAAUACAUUUAUGUUAUUAUUUUAUUUCAUCCAACGCAUUAAAAAUAUUCAGCUUAUAUACAGUCUCUAACUUUAAUAUUAAAUAUCUGUAAUUUUGUUCUAGCUCCUGUGACAAAAUUCAAGAAAAUCUGAUAUAAAUGAGUAACAACUCAACAUGUAUUCAACCAUCCAUGAUCUCUACCAUGGCUUUACCAAUCAUUUAUAUCUUCCUUUGUAUCAUUGGUCUCUUUGGAAAUUCUCUUUCUCAAUGGGUGUUUUUAACAAAAAUAGGUAAGAAAACAUCAACCCACAUCUACCUAGCACAUCUUGUGACUGCAAACUUACUUGUGUGCAGUGCUAUGCCUUUCAUGGGUAUCUAUUUUCUGAAAGGUUUUCAAUGGGAAUAUCGAUCGACACAAUGCAGGGUGGUCAAUUUUUUGGGAACUCUAUCCAUGCAUGUGAGCAUGUAUGUCAGCCUCCUAAUUCUAAGUUGGAUUGCCAUAAGCCGCUACGCUACCUUAAUGAGAAAGGAUUCCACACAAGAGACCACCUCAUGCUAUGAGAAAAUAUUUUAUGGCCAUUUACUGAAAAAAUUCCGCCAGCCCAACUUUGCUAGAAAACUAUGUGUUUACAUAUGGGGAGCUGUACUAGGCAUAAUUAUUCCAGUUACCGUAUACUACUCAGUUGUAGAGGCUACAGAAGGAGAAGCGAUCCUGUGCUAUAACCGGAAGAUGGAACUAGGAGCCAUGAUCUCUCAGAUUGCAGGCCUCAUUGGAACCACAUUUAUUGGAUUUUCAUUUUUAGUUGUACUAACAUCAUACUACUCUUUUGUCAGCCAUCUGAGAAAAAUAAGAACCUGUACAUCCAUUACAGAGAAAGAUUUAACUUACAGUUCUGUGAGAAGGCAUCUUUUGGUCAUCCAGAUUCUACUAAUAGUUUGCUUCCUUCCAUAUAGCAUUUUUAAACCUGUUUUUUAUGUUCUACACCAAGGAGAGGACUGUAAGCAACUGAAUUAUUUAAUCGAAAUAAAAAACAUCCUCACCUGUCUUGCAUCGGCCAGAAGUAGUACAGACCCCAUAAUAUUCCUUUUUUUAGAUAAAACAUUCAAGAAGACACUAUAUAAUUUCUUUACAAAAUCUGAUUCACCACAUAUACAACUCUAGAUUUGACUUCUGGAUGAAAAACAACACCAAACAGUAAAGUGUCCAUAUGACUUUAUUGGGGACACUAAACUACAUGAUCAACAGGUCAUAGCUUGAUUUAUA